AUGACUGUCAAGCCCUCCACCUGCCAAGGCUCCGGCGCUGAGUGCACCUGUGCCCAAAAGGCAACCUGCUCUUGCGGCGAGAAGUCAGCUCUUCACUGCAGCUGCGCCAAGGCAGCGGCCGAGAACCAAGUCACUGGCGCUCGAUGCUCGUGCCGUGCUCGCCCAGCUGGCCAAUGCACCUGUGACAGAGCCAACACGGAGAACGCCUCUCUGGGCAAUUCCACCUGUGCCUGUGGCAGCCGACCCUCAGGGGCUUGCACCUGUGAGAAGGCUACUGACGGCGGGUUCAACCCGGCCAACGAGAUUGACUUCACCACCAAAUGA